GUGUUGUUGGGAAAGCCGUUCUUCUUGGGAGCGGAGUGAGAGCGGGAGGGGCACGCCCUUCCGCCUACGGUGGCCCGGAAGGCAAAGGGGAAGAAUUUUCGCUCUUGGGAAAGCUGACCCAUAGGUGGCGGAGUGAGAACGGGAGGGGGGCGUGCCUUUGGUUUACGGUGGCCGAGAAGGCAAUGGAGAAAAGGGUUUGCUCUUGGGAAAGAGGCCUGUAGCGGGAGGGGCGGACCUCCUGUGCUUACGGUGGCCUGGAAGGCACUUCACGUGCGUCCUUUCUUCUGGGGAGAGAGCCAGGAAAGGCGGAGUGAGAGCAGGAGGGGGCGGGGCGAGGUCCGGGAGACGGAGAGAGGCCGGUAGGGGGCGGGCUCUCAUGCCUACGGUGGCCCGAAAGGCGGCGGGGGCUCGGGAUGGACGGACGCGCGGAGCAGACGGCGGCAGUAGGAGGAAACGCACCACCACAGAAGAGUGCAACCAAGGGAUGGCUUUCUCUCUAGUUGAACAUGGAGGCCUCAGGAUCGGAUGAAGUUGACAAGCUGAAAACUAAAUUCAUGUCAGCAUGGAACAACAUGAAAUACAGCUGGGUGUUGAAAACAAAGACAUAUUUCAGCAGAAAUUCACCAGUGUUAUUGCUGGGGAAAUGUUAUCAUUUCAAGUCUGAAGAAGAAAACGACCCGGCACCCGUCGGAUCGGGAUGGGCAGGAGAGAACGAGCACGUCGUCAUUUAUGGGAACGUAGAAGAAUUCCGGAGAGAUUUCAUUUCUAGAAUAUGGCUGACCUACAGAGAAGAGUUUCCCCAGAUCGAGGGCUCAGCAUUGACCACUGACUGCGGAUGGGGCUGCACAUUGAGGACUGGCCAGAUGCUACUGGCUCAAGGACUCAUUCUCCAUUUCCUUGGUAGAGCUUGGACCUGGCCAGAUGCACUAGACAUUGAAAACUCAGAUUCUGCAUCAUGGACUUCUCACACCGUAAAAAAACUCACAGCAUCGUUUGAGGCAUCCCUUACAGGAGAAAGAACACCCAAAGUCCCACCGUCCAUUCUGAAAGAACCACGCAGGACAGGCUCUGAAGAUGAAGAAGGCAGAAAUGAGCUCUGCCACAGGAAGAUCAUCUCAUGGUUCGGUGACUCCCCAUUGGCCUGCUUUGGCUUGCAUCAGCUAAUUGAAUAUGGGAAGAAGUCUGGGAAAACAGCUGGAGAUUGGUAUGGCCCAGCUGUUGUUGCACACAUUUUAAGAAAAGCUGUGGAAGAAGCCAGACACCCCGAUUUACAAGGAAUCACCAUUUACGUGGCUCAGGAUUGCACAGUUUACAAAGCGGAUGUCAUUGACAAGCAGGGCAUUUCUGCGGGCCUGGAGACUACUGAAGACAAAGCCAUUAUUCUGUUAGUUCCUGUUCGACUGGGAGGGGAGAGGACCAACAUGGACUACUUAGACUUUGUGAAGGGAAUUUUAAGCCUUGAAUAUUGUGUGGGCAUCAUUGGUGGAAAACCUAAGCAGUCAUAUUACUUUGCUGGAUUUCAAGAUGACAGUUUGAUAUACAUGGACCCUCAUUACUGCCAGUCUUUUGUAGAUGUCAGCAUAAAGGAUUUCCCUCUUGAGUCCUUUCAUUGUCCUUCUCCAAAAAAGAUGUCCUUCCGGAAAAUGGACCCGAGCUGCACCGUGGGGUUUUACUGCAGAAACGCCCAGGACUUUGAGCGCGCCUCCGAAGAGCUCACCCAGGUACUGAAGGCUUCCUCCAGAGAGAAAUAUCCAUUAUUUACUUUUGUCAAGGGCCAUGCCAGAGACUAUGAUUUUACCUCCACUCCAACCAACGAAGACGACCUUUUCUCAGAAGAUGAAAAGAAAAGAUUGAAAAGAUUUAGCACAGAAGAGUUUGUCUUGCUCUAAGGACAUUUUUCAUUAGAGUAUUAGUAGCAAUUCAGAACAUUUCUUUGAAAAUAAAAAAAGAAAAAAAGAGAAACCUGCAACACAGAAACGGAUCUAUUUUUGUAAAUAUUUUAGUGAUUUUUAAAACGUUCUUUCACAAAAGAGCAUUUGAAAAUAUACAUUGUCAAAGAUGUGUCUAUUUCUGAAAGCCGACUGAUUGAGAGAAUCUUUGUUGCUAAUAUAAAUCCGGCAGUCCUGGUGAAUGCUGAGUGGAUGGUGGAUGAUCUGUGUAUGUGUUUUCUGAAUGAAUCCCCCAUAUUCCAGUAAACCAUGGGCUGCCUGGGGGUUUUGUCUGGCACGUCUGUGAUCUUGGAGCUGAGGCCACUGCACACCGACCGCGAUCUACACUUGUCUUCCUGAUGGACAAGACUGGACGACUAGCCCCUGAUGUCUCCUGCCUUCCACUCCCCGUGUUAAUACAACCAGAGGCUCCAUCUAGGUCUACCUUGUUAAAUCUAAAUAGCAAUUAUUCAUUGUAACGGAUGUAAUUAUAUAGUCAGAAUUGUGCGUUAAGCUGCUCCUUAGCAAUAUGAUUUUAUAAUGGCUGCUCCUUAAGCUUAACAUGGAACCGUCUUAUGAGAAGUGACUAUGAAGUAUUGGCUUUCCCCCCAAUUUUUAAAGCGGAUGUUAUUAAUAGUAACUGCAGCCAAUCAGGCCAGAUAAAGGCAAUUAUUACAUGGGAACGAUGUUUGUUUCCUGUCUCAACCACGUCAUUUUAUUAAGACUCGACUUGUGCUGUGGCAUGAAAAUCUCAGCUGAAACCCUGGAGGGGGAAAGCCAGUAAAUAUCGUUGUUUGGGAGCUGUCCAUCCUGUGACCUCUGGGCUGUGACUGUAAAUCAGCCCAGGAAUGUUCAGUCACUGAGGCUAUCCUCGAGAUAAAUCUCCCUUAAGUAGUAGUAUGCUUGCACUAAGAGCAAAUUUGUGAUUUAAAAGUGCAAGAACUCGUAUGGAGCCAGGAUUGUAAAAUAAAUGCGUUAAUAAAGAUGUGAGAACAUUAAA